GGCUGCCACUCCUUUGUGCUGUCGUCGGAAACACAAACAAAACGCCUGCUGCUUGUUUUCUUGUUUUCCCCCACCGCCACCGACCACUGCCACAACCACUGUCAAAAAGAUGAGCGCUGGUGAGGACAAGGUAAAGGCGAAGCUGCGCGAGCUUGGCACGCGCUCGCAGGAUGAGCAGGCCAACUUCUUUGUGCGCGCCUUUGGCAACAGCAUCUCCCCAACAGAGGUCGCCGCGGUUGCAAAGCAGUUUGACGCCAUCACCGGCAAGCAAAAGGCCAAGGAAAUAGAAGAACCACAGGCGCUCAAGCUGCUGACGGAGGAAGGGCGCACGCUGACGCUGGUGGAGUUUCGAAAGGCGUUUAGGUCCAUUGACGUGGACUGCAACGGCCGGCUCUCCCUCACAGAGUUUCUCCUCUUCAAAUACAACAAGCGCGCACCGGAGCUCUUCCAGGACCGCGGCGAGAACGACCUUGUGGCCCAGCUGGACAAGGCGGAGCAGCUGGAAGAACACAUGGCCGCGCUCAAGCUGCAGCGCGAGAACAAGAUCAAGGAGCUGCAGGAACGCAUCGCCAUCGGCGGCGUGAAGGGCAUGCGCGCCAAGCACGAGCUCGAGGCCCUCCUCGCCUCCGACGACUCGCAGCUCAAGGAGCAGGAAAUGCACGCGCGCUCCAUCAAGCAGCGUGCGGAGAAGGCCGUCACAGACCACGACCCCUUUGAGGCGCAGAAGCAGGCGCUCAAGAACGAGGAGGAGCAGCGCAAGCGGGAGGAGAUGGCCCGCCGCAAGCAGUCCGCAGAGAGGCUCAGGGCAAAGGGCGCGGCGUUUGGGCUGUGAGAGCAGUGGAGGGGCUGGAUGGAGAAGGUGAUGUGUGG